CAAGUCCAAAUCUUCACAUAAACUUUCAGCCAUGGUUGAUAACUAUGAAGAUAGAGAUACCAAUUACAAGGAGUCUACACAAGAAAAAACCACCAGCGGUGGUUGGAACGCCGCCGUAUUCAUCAUCUUUGUUGAGGUGGCUGAACGAUUUGUGUUCUUUGGAAUGUCGGGGAACCUCAUCACAUACCUCACAAACGAACUCCACCAGCCUAUUCCCACAGCGGCUAAGAAUGUCAACAUCUGGGUUGGUGUGUCUUGUCUCUUCUCCAUAUUUGGAGCCUUCAUUGCUGAUUCCUUCUUGGGUCGGUUCAAGACCAUCCUUUACUCCUCCAUCAUUUAUCUUCUGGGAACCGUUAUGUUGACACUGUCGGUGUCAGUAAUUCCUGUGCAUAAUCGUAAAGUAAUGUUCUUCAUAGCGCUUUACAUAUUAACGGUCGGCGAAGGAGGGCACAAGCCAUGCGUGCAAACCUUCGCGGCGGACCAAUUUGAGGAGGAUUCAGAAGAGGAUAAGAAGGCCAAGAGCUCAUUCUAUAAUUGGUGGUAUCUGGGAGUAGUGUUUGGCUCCACUUCUGCCACACUCGUAGUAAUAUACUUGGAGGACAAUGUUGGUUGGGCCGUAGGAUUUGGAAUUUUGGUAGCAGCAAUGUCGGUGUCACUAGCAAUAUUUUUGCUAGGAAUAAAGAGCUACCGGAAGCAAGGUCCCCUAGGGAGCCCACUCACUGCAUUGGCGCAGGUGCUUGUGGCGGCGGCUCAGAAGUGGCGCGUGAAUGAGAUGCGUGACGGUUGUAGUGUUUUUCGUGGAGAUGAGAGGGAUGGGUCCAACAGUACCGGUCAAUUUAAGGCUCGGACUAUGGCUCGUACAAAUCAGUUGAGAAAUCCCUAUAAUAAUUAUGAUAGUUCUUGUGGAAUAUUCCACCUAUCCAAGUAA